UGUACCGUAACUUGUUGUGUGUAUUCACACGCCAUUACUUUAGUUAAGCAACUCCCGCCAUAUAUAUUCCGACAGAGAUCCAAGUAGAUUUUAGUUUUUCUAAACGAAGCUGGCCACGAGCUGCUAAUCAGCCAUGGCUGCCUCGUCAAUCGACAAGGAUAUCUUUUUCCGACGUAUGAAGCGUCUCUACAGUGCUUGGAAGGAUGGAGAAGCUUGUUCGGAUGACAGUCUUAGUAAAAUGGACUGCCUCGUCUCCGUCGUCGGCGCCGACGAAGAUGUCGUUUACAGUAAAGCGACUGCACUCCAGACUUGGCUGAUUAGUUAUGAACUACCGGAUACUAUCAUGAUUUUGUCCAAAGAUUCCAUAAGUUUUUUAGCUAGUAAAAAGAAAAUAGAGUUCUUACGGAAAUUAGAAGAGGCAAAACCUGAAGAAACAAAUGUUCCUCCUGUAAAAUUGUAUAUUAGAGACAGAGCUGAUGAAGAUAAAGCCAACUUUGCAAAGCUCAUUAACAUUAUAAAAAAUAGUAAAAAUGGUAAAGCAAUAGGUGUCUUUCCCAAGGAUAAUUACAAAUCUACUUUCGUGGAAGCAUGGAAAGCUGUCUUAAAAAAAGAAAAUUUUGAAACUGUGGAUGUGAGUGCUGCAGUAGCCUAUGUAAUGGCCCCAAAAGAAGAAUCAGAAAUUUUAACUGUUAAAAAAGCCUGUUUAGUGUCCGUUGAUGUUUAUAAUAAAUAUCUUAGGGACCAAAUUUUGGAGGUGAUUGAUAGUGAUAAGAAAAUAAAACAUUCAAAGCUAGCCGAUGGUGUCGAUUCUGCUGUACAAGAUAAAAAAUAUGUCAGUGGAGUUGAUACUUCUCAAGUAGACAUGUGUUAUCCUGCAAUUAUUCAAAGCGGUGGAAAUUAUUCUUUAAAAUUCAGUGCUGUUAGUGAUAACAAUGUCUUGCAUUUUGGUGUUAUUAUUUGCUCCUUAGGAGCUCGAUACAAAGGAUACUGUUCAAACAUUGUAAGGACACUGCUAGUUAAUCCAACAAAGCAACUUGAGGAAAAAUACAAUUUUCUCACGCAAAUUGAAGAAGAAAUUUUAAAAAAGUUGACUGCUGGAGUGAAAUUGAGUAGUGUAUAUGAGGCUGUAAUAAAAUUUGUAAAAGAUGAAAAUUCUAGUUUAUUGGAUCAUUUAACUAAAAAUUUUGGCUUUGCUAUGGGAAUUGAGUUCAGAGAAAGCUCAUUGCUGAUUGGUCCAAAAACUAAUGCUGUUGCUAAAAAAGGAAUGGUAUUCAAUGUCAAUGUUGGAUUAUCCAAUCUGACAAAUCCUGAUGCAAAAGAUAAGGAAUCAAAAAGUUAUGCAUUAUUCAUUGGUGAUACUGUCAUUGUCAAUGAGGAUCAGCCUGCAACGAUUUUAACUCCUGUUAAGAAAAAAAUAAAAAAUAUAGGAAUUUUCCUGAAAGACGACGAAGAUGAAGAAGAAGAAGACAGCGGAAAAGAAAACGAACCAAAACCCGAAAUACUCGGAAGAGGAAAAAGAACAGCUGUUAUUGAAUCUAAAUUGAGAACUGAGCAUAGCUCAGAAGAAAAGAGAAAGCAGCAUCAAAAAGAAUUGGCUCAGCAAUUGAAUGAAAUCGCAAAGGCUCGACUAGCUCAGCAAUCCAACGGGAAAGAGCAAGAAAAAAUACGAAAAUCAACGGUAUCUUACAAAAGUCUUAGUAGUAUGCCUCACGAUUCAGAAGUCAAAGAUCUUAAGUUAUUUGUUGAUAAAAAGUAUGAAACUGUGAUUAUGCCGAUAUUUGGGAUACCUGUACCUUAUCACAUCUCUACUAUUAAAAAUAUUUCUCAGUCUGUUGAAGGCGACUAUACUUAUCUCAGGAUAAACUUUUUCCAUCCUGGCGCAACAAUGGGCCGAAAUGAAGGAGGCGUUUAUCCACAGCCAGAUGCUACAUUUGUUAAAGAAGUAACUUAUCGCAGCACAAAUACUAAAGAGCCUGGUGAAAUCUCUGCCCCAUCGUCAAAUUUGAACACGGCUUUUAGAUUGAUCAAGGAAGUUCAGAAGAAAUUUAAAAAUAGAGAAGCUGAAGAACGUGAAAAAGAAGAUCUUGUCAAACAGGAUACUUUAAUUCUAUCUCAAAAUAAGGGAAACCCCAGGCUUAAAGAUUUAUAUAUUAGGCCAAAUAUUGUUAGUAAAAGAAUGACUGGCCAAUUAGAAGCCCAUACAAAUGGUUUUCGUUAUACUUCUGUCAGGGGUGAUAAAGUUGAUAUUUUAUAUAACAAUAUAAAAAAUGCUUUCUUCCAACCAUGUGAUGGAGAGAUGAUCAUUCUUCUACAUUUUCAUUUGAAGCAUGCUAUCAUGUUUGGAAAGAAAAAACAUGUAGACGUACAGUUCUAUACCGAAGUCGGUGAAAUUACAACAGAUUUAGGAAAACACCAACAUAUGCAUGAUCGUGAUGAUUUAGCUGCUGAACAGUCUGAAAGAGAGUUAAGACAUAAAUUAAAAACGGCAUUUAAAAGUUUUUGCGAAAAAGUUGAUGCCAUGACCAAACAAGAGAUCGAAUUUGACACACCGUUCAGAGAACUUGGAUUUCCAGGUGCACCUUUCAGGAGUACAGUUCUUCUCCAACCCACAAGUGGGUGUUUAGUAAAUCUUACAGAGUGGCCCCCAUUUGUCAUUACUCUUGAAGACGUUGAGUUAGUUCACUUUGAAAGAGUACAAUUCCAUUUAAAGAACUUUGAUAUGAUUUUCGUCUUCAAAGAUUAUCAACGCAAAGUUGCAAUGGUUAACGCUAUUCCUAUGAACAUGCUGGAUCACGUCAAAGAAUGGCUUAACUCUUGUGACAUAAGAUAUUCUGAGGGAGUUCAAUCUCUGAAUUGGACCAAAAUUAUGAAAACGAUUACGGAUGACCCAGAAGGAUUUUUCGAAAGUGGUGGAUGGACCUUUUUAGAUCCUGAGAGUGGUGAUGAAAAUGAAGAAGUUGAAGAUGAAGAAGAAGAAGAGGAUGAUGCCUAUGAGCCAUCAGAUUCUGGUGAUGAAGAAGAAUCUGAUGAUGAUUCUGAUUAUUCUGAAGCGUCAGAAGAUUCUGAUAGUGAAGAGGAAGAAUUAGGAAGCUCUGAAGAAUCUGGAAAAGACUGGUCAGACCUUGAAAGAGAAGCAGCUGAGGAAGAUAAAGAAAGAGGGGAAUACAAUGAAUCUUCAGAUUAUAAGGGCAAGAAAGGAAGUAAACAUUCUUCUUCGAAAGAUAGGCAUAACUCUCACAAAAGUGCAUCACACUCUAAAAAUAAAAAUUCAUCUAGUAGUAAAGACAGGAGAUCGUCAGAUAAACACAGAUCGGGUAGAUCAAAGAACGAGGGAUCACACAAGAAAGUGUCAUCUCAUUCUAAAUCAUCCAAACACAGUCCAAAAAAAGGUGACAAGCACAGCAAGCAUGAUAGACACAAUAGCAGCAAGGAUAAAAGUAAAUCAUCUACUCAUUCUUCCAAUAGUAAGAAGCGUUCGCGUGACGAUAGUUCUGACAGACACAGAAGCCCUAAAAAGUCUAAGAAAUAAACGUUCACCACAAUAGCCAGUUUUUGGAAAACAAAAAGCAUCCAUGUUCUCUUGAAAUAAGCGUAUUUUGAUAAAUUUUAUUUCAUGGUGCGGUAAAAACUUUUUACUACAAAAAAUACCCUUAUGUUACUGUAAAACUGAGAAUUCAGAUAAAAACAAAUAUCUAAAAAUAAGUAUAAAAAAAUUGGAAUCGUUAUGUUCAUUUACAAUGUUAGUUGUGGUUCGAGUAUAUUUUUAUAGAUCUCAUCUACUCCUUUCUAAAAAAAUUAUAUAAUUACACUUGAAAAGUAAUGUCAAAUCAUACCUAGGUUAUUUAUAUUCUAUUUAAUAAAUUUUCGUAUCUACUAUUUCUGAACAAUUGGUAUGUUUUAAAGUAUAGACAACUUUUUCUACCGGCAAAUAUUUGUAAUGUAUUGAAAUAUUGUAACAAAAAUUACAUGAAGUGUUUGAAUACAGUGUAA